UCAGCCAACGAUGUUCAACUCCACGCUGAGUCCCACCGGCAACGUCAACUCCACCACCCCGGGCGGCCCCCCUGGACCUCCGCCAUGGUACCAGUUCCCGCUGUGUGCAGUGGCCCCUUACGGCUACGUGUUCUACUUCAUGGUCAAGGUGUUGAACCUGUGCGUGGGGGCCCCCUGUAACAUCCUGGUCAUCUGGCAGAUCGCCUCUAAGAAGAGCGACGCCUCCACCUCGGACACCUUCAUCUUCAACCUGGCCGUCCUGGACGCCUUCUUCUGCCUGAUGACACCCAUAGAUAUGGUGAACCGCCUGCUGCUGGGGGACAGCAAUAUCUGGUUCUUUCAGAGAUUCACUUACGGGGUCAAAGACAUAGCCCCGCUCUUUUUGGUGUGUAUUUGCCUCGACCGCUACAUCGCAGUGGUCCACCCAGUUCUGUUCACUGGUAUCCGUGACAACAAGAUCCGCAUUGGCAUUUCUGUGGUCGUCUGGGGUUUCACGCUGGCUUAUGGCGUCGCCAAAAGCCUCCUGGAUGUCGUGAAGGCCAGCGGGAUCUUCGGCGGCGUCAUCCUCUUCGCCUUUGCAGUCAUGGUCUUCUGCAAUAUCUCCAUCAUCUGGGUGCUCCGCCGCUCCGUGGCGGGGAAGGAGGUGAUGCACCCAGUGAAGAAAAGGGCCCUUAAGACCGUGCUGAUCAUCCUGGUCAUCAUCGUGGUCAACUACUUGCCUCCUGUGGCGCUCAUGCCCUUUGUAGCGUACUACUCGUUGUUGCAGUAUCACUGCCAGAUCAGCACCAGCGUGUUCGCCCUCAUGGACCUGAGCAGCAGCCUCGAGCCUCUUCUCUACAUCACCAAGAUGGAACUUAAGGACAUCAGGUGCUGCAGGCGGAGUCUGUCCGAGAAUCCCCAAGAUGUCAAGGUGUAGGAAUCGA